AUAUUUUUGUAGUGACGUUCUGAAACCAAGGCCAAAUAGGAUUCUAGAAGAUUCUAGCACAGAAGAUCCUACAACAGAGGGCUGAGCAGACACUUUCUGAAGCCUCUGUGAUCAGUUGUAGCCGAGCAGACAAUACAGUCACUUACAGUUGAGUUUAAGCAGAUUGAAAAAUGGCAAGCAGGGGCGGAGGAAAGGGUCUGACGCCGUACCAGGGAAAACGCCGCUGUUUCGGCGAGUUUUCCUGCCCGAAGUGUGACCGGACCUGGGUGUCUGCCAACAGUUGGGCGGAUAUGGGACAGGAAUGUCAGACCUGCAAGAUCAACGUCUAUCCGCACUCACAGAAAAAACUGGAGAAACCAGAGGGACUCGACGAGGUGAUUGACACCUCGAAGAACCAUCCGCAGCACCUGUGUGAGAAAUGCAAGAAGCUUGGACGCAACUGCCGAGGCGGCAACUACUACUGACUGCAGUUUGGAGCAAAUCAGCUAGAUGGACAAAUAAAACACCACCGCGUCCCACCUUUCGUGCUUGCAGUGUUGUGAACAUUUUGUAGGAAUUUUGGUUCGCGCAAAAUAACUUUUGAACUUACAUUAUGCUCCUGCAGUUUAAAAGUUUAAUUGUAAUCUUUAUUUUCAUUUCUCUGAUCAAAUUGUUUUGAAGCAUGUGCUGAUUAACCCCGCAGUUUGACAUUAUCAUUUGCAUUUUUGUAACCAUUAAACUCUAUGUUAAAGCC